UUCACCAUAUAUACUUGAUUGUGAUAGACAUUAAAUAAAACGUACAACCAUGCCGCAUCUGAUCUUGAUUUGGUUUUGCUUGUUCAUGAGCCUCAUCACCAAAGGUGAUUCUGAUCCGACAUAUUAUUGCCCAAAUACAACUUCAUACACUCCUAACAGCACAUAUAAAGCCAACCUCGAUUCUCUUCUCUCCAAUCUUUAUUCCAAUGCCACCAGAGACAAUACUAAUGGUUUCUACUACACCACCGUCGGUUCCAACGACACCGUGUACGGCUUGUUCUUGUGCCGGGGCGACGUCGCCCCGGACGUUUGCGGCGGCUGCAUUGGAGUUGCCCGUGAAAAGAUAUUGGAGCUUUGCAGCUAUGGGAAGACCGCCAUGAUUUGGUACGGUAAGUGCAUGUUGCGAUACUCGGAGAAGUCGAUGUUGGGGAUAUUGGACCAGACGACCUCGUUUACGAAGAGAAACAGGAACGACACUCAACCGAAUGAGUACAUGAAGUUGGUGGGGAACGUGUUGGAUCAGGUAACCACUCAGGCGGCGUCAAGUGGGUCUGCCAAGAAAUUUGCAGUGUUGGAAGCUAAUUUUAGCGCGUUUGAGAGGGUGUACGCUCUUGGACAGUGUACCCCUGACCUUUCUGUCUCAGACUGUCAGAUAUGCUUCAGAAAUGUUAUUGCAUUGCUGCCUCGUUGCUGUUAUGGAGCCGUGGGGGCUCAAGCUGUGUACCCAAGCUGUAACAUUAGGUAUGAGCUUUUCCCCUUCUACAAUCACUCCGCCGAGGCAGCACCGCCGGCACCGCCGCCUAACAAUCCCCCUCCACCAUCAACUACGCUUCCCAAUUCCUCUAGCACCAAAGGGAAUAAAGGAAAAGUGAUUAUUGCAGCCUCUGUAGCGUCAGUCACGGGGGUAUUACUCUUCGUUUUGUGCUUCUGUUUCUUGAAAAAGAGAAGAGCAAAGAAGGACCUUUCUCAUGUGAAGGAGACAACUACUGACAUGAAUGAAAUUCUAAUAGAGGAAUCCGUUCAAUUCGAAUUUAGUACUAUUGAAGCUAUCACAAAUUACUUUUCCCCUAAUAAUAAGAUUGGUGAAGGUGGAUACGGUGCUGUUUACAAGGGAAGGCUUCCCACUGGGCAAGAGGUAGCCGUGAAGAGGCUAUCAAAGAGUUCAACACAGGGAGUUGAAGAAUUCAAGAAUGAGGUAGCAUUGGUGGCUAAGCUUCAGCAUAGAAGUUUAGUAAGGGUGUUGGGAUUUUGCUUGCAGGGAGAAGAAAAGAUACUUAUUUAUGAAUUUGUUCCCAACAAAAGUCUUGACUACUUUUUAUUUGAUGCUGAGAAGAAACAACUAUUGAAUUGGUCCACUCGUUACAAGAUUAUAGAAGGAAUAGCUCGUGGACUCCUUUAUCUUCAUGAAGAUUCCCGUCUUAAAAUUAUACAUCGGGAUCUUAAAGCAAGUAACAUAUUAUUAGAUGGAGAUAUGAACGCAAAAAUAUCCGAUUUUGGUUUGGCAAGAAUAUUUAUGGUAGAUCAAACCCAAGCAAAUACAAAUAGAGUUAUCGGAACAUAUGGUUACAUGCCUCCAGAAUAUGCUUUGUAUGGUUUGUUCUCUGUGAAGUCUGAUGUCUUCAGUUUUGGAGUUCUACUCUUGGAGAUUAUAACUGGAAAGAAAAACACCUCUUUUUCCAUGGAAUCAAGUGGAGCUCAAGAUCUUCUUAGCUAUGCUUGGAAACAUUGGAGGGAGGACAGAGCAUUAGAGGUGGUGGAUCAAAGUCUUGGAGGUUUGUAUUCGAGAAAUGAAGUGAUCCAAUGUAUCCGAGUUGGGCUGUUGUGUGUCCAAGAAGAGGUGGAAGAUAGGCCAACAAUGGCGAACGUUAUGCUGAUGCUAAAUAGUCAUUCUUCUUCAUGGCGAUCACCUAAUCCACCUGCGUAUUUCAAUGGUGGAAGUCAGAUGAUUUUAGCAGGACAAGAGGGUGAUCUGUCCAUAAGCAAGUCACUACCAUUGUCUGUGAAUGAAGCUUCCAUUUCAGAGCUGGAUCCAAGAUAGUUACCCAGAGUUAAUAAUAAUUGGAUACAAUGACUUUGUGAUCUAGUGGCAUAAAAUGACUCUCUCAUAUGGAGGUUAGAUUUCAUUUUCAGUGAGAUUGUAUUGACUUUUUGUACUUAGUAAAAUAAUUAUAAACAAAUAUUACAUUGUAAUAGAAUAAUUCUUUAAAGAUAUGUUACAUUCAAAUCAGCGCUAAUGUCAUUGGCAAUAUUGGUCG